UUGUUGGCCCGCACGUCUCGUUUAAAGUCCACGUUCGCCACGGUGUAACAAGAAGUUCUGGAAUAUAUUGCUUUCUGAUUGGGGAAUCUUAGCGUGUCUCAUUUCGUUGCUCUGACGAUGGCCUGCAAAAGACAUGAAACCGUGUCUGGGGACGAGGUCUAUGGCCCCGGAACUUACAUCGACAAAGACGUUCUUCCAGCUCCGGAGGACGCCAGAAGGAUUUUUGAAGUGCUGGCAUCAAGGACACCAGGCUUCACCAAAGACCAUGAUUUAUGGGAUACCGUCAGAUUUGAAGGGCGCCCAGAUCCCAUGGUUCCCGGGCCUAUGAAAUCCCCUCUCGUAUCUGCUGCUCUGCAUGCGAUGUGCGGCUUGGUCGGAAACGAGUUGCUUGAAAUUCGUGAUAAGAAGCCAGCAACGCAAAGCCGCGUGACGGUCAACACAGAUCACGCUGGGAUUUGGCUAGGGUCAACCUUUACCGCAUACGUGGAAGGGUCGGAUCUUUCCACUCUGCUCCGAAGCCGCUCCCUGUCAAAGAUCUUCGUGAGGAAUUUCGAACAAGGAUUUGGCGUUGGUCCAUUGGCCGGACGAGCCACGGCCAUUUAUCCUACGAAGGAUCCCGGGGUCUGGUAUCAGCUUCAUGGGUCUCUCGAUGCAAGCAAGACCCUGAAGUCGAUGGCCAUUGACAUGGAUACCCCUUUGCGUUCCUUAGCAGAGGGAUACAAUUACAUUAAGAACCAUGUUCAGAAAUGGAGCGCAGAUGAGUUAGAAAUGCACAACGUCAGGCAUGGAUUGUGCGGGAGUAUCUGUUAUUCGCCCGAGGGAUGGAGAGCGACCGAGAUGGGCAAGCGUCUGGCUGCUCAUCCCUUGGUCAAUUAUAAGCUUGAGUCGUAUGCUCGUCCAACACCUGCUGUUCCCCCCACUCAAGGUCUUGAUCGCCGCCCCUUAGCGGGAGUGAAAGUUGUGGAAAUGGUACGCAUCAUCGCCGGUCCGACCAUUGGUGUGACUCUGGCCUCUUUUGGUGCUGAUGUGAUUCGCGUUAACUGCAGUAGACUGGUGGACUUUAAUGUGCUCCAACUGACUCUAAACACGGGGAAACGCACCGUCGACCUGGAUAUUAGCAAACAGACCGAUAUGCGGAUUCUUCAAGAGCUUCUCAAUGAUGCAGACGUCUUCAUUCAAGGAUUCCGCUACGGAUCUCUUGAGAGGAAGGGUCUAGGACUUCAAAGCUUACUUGAAAUGGCGGGCAAGCGCAACAAGGGUAUCAUUUAUGUAGAUGAGAACUGUUAUGGAGCUGAUGGGCCGUUUGCGGAGAGACCCGGCUGGCAGCAAAUCGGAGAUGCUGCUUCAGGGGUGUCGUAUGUGAUGGGAAAAUUUUGGGGAUACGAUGAGGCAACCGGCGUUCUCCCACCUCUCCCAAUCUCAGAUAUGAUGACCGGCGUCGUUGGUGCCCUGGCAACGAUGCUGGCUAUUCGAGACCGAGCGUUGAAUGGCGGGUCUUACCAUGUUGUCAGCUCACUGGUUGCUGGCGAUACGAUCUUGCUUGACCCGGAAGUUGGGCUUUACCCAAUGAAUGUGGCGCAAAGUACCCUUGACAAGUUCAAGUUUGAUCGCUCGUCCCCGGAUCAGUUUGUCUCCGAGAUUUUGCUGCAGAUCGUGGAUGGCUGGAAACGAGUCUUUCCGGAAUACUUAGCCAGGGACUCUCCCUUCAUGGUCAGCUUCCCGGAUACACCUUGGGGCCACAUGGAUGUUCUCCAACCCGUUGCACGGUUGGCCGAUGAGGAAGCGACCCCCCGAUGGAAGACUGGACCGGUUCCUAUUUGCCAACACAGCACUAUCAGCUGGGCCUGAUAAGCGAUCGCUCAGCAGCACAUCGGGAAAUUUUCUUUAAGCUCAGUCUUCGAGGAUAUCAAAUUCAUUGUGCGGGGACUAAGAUCAGAGAUAAUCAAGACUCGAGAUGAUCAAGAUUGGAGAUGAAGUAUAUCAAAGCAAAAGUAACGACAGUCAAAAGUUCAUACCCGAGUGAGAGAAUAUUAAAAGAUAGUUGCAACCAGCUUAGCCCCAGAAACCUUCCCUUGACGAAGCAUAUCAAGACCUGUAGCCAGAUUCUCUAGACCCCCGUCAAUCCUCUUCAACGGAGGCGUCUUCAAUUUCGGGGCGACCUCAGGCAAGGAGGCAUAGAAACGGCGUAAAGCUUCGUUGUCCGAUGGCACUCUUGGAAAUUUAGGUCCCAACGGUGGGAGCCACUGGAACUCAGCAUUGAAAACAGUAUACCCCAGCAUGAAGUCGACUGUCACUCCGUCAAGGUCCUUUUUGCCCGUAUCCAGCAAUGUCACGACCCAUCCUCGACUCUUUCGAACGACAUCAGCGCAGAACUUCGUCGAAGACCCUUCUGAGAAACAAUCCAAGGCCCUGUCAAUGUUGGGAUAGGCUCGGAUAAUAUCUUCAACGGCUGUUGGCGACCGAUAAUCAAACACAUCGUCCGCGCCAUACUGCUUGACAAGGUCGUGGGAUUUGGGUGAUGCCGUUGUCACGACCUUCAGUCCCGCGAGCUUCGCAAGUUGAAUGGAAUAAAGUCCAGCAGCUGUCGAGCCCGAGUAGAUGAAGAUUGGGGUAUCUUUCCGCCCUUGACUCUUGCCCGAGUCGAGCCAAGGAACGCCCAGGCGAGCAUUCAAGGCCAGCAUCGCAGUGACAGCGGAUACUCCAAACGUGGCUGCUUCCUCAUCGCUGAUAGAGGGCGGUACUUUCCAGGCAAGAUCCCCAGGAAUCUUGAGGUACUCUGCGAAAGAGCCCCGGUCGGGGUAUAGUCCACCAUGAAUGAAACCUGCUACUCUAUCUCCAACCUGCCAAUGUCCGGGUGCCUUGGCACCUACUCUGGCAACAGUGCCCGAAUAAUCGCAGCCGAUGAUAGCUCCUCGGGGAGCGACCACAUCAAUAUGUUUGAAGUCGGUUGGGUUGAGAGCCACGGACCCGACGCGAACGAGGAUUUCGUUGUCGUGAAUUUCGGGAACGGGAAUUGUAUGUAUCUUGACGCCAUCCCCGGAUGAAUGACCGCAAGAAUAAUUGAAGAGUCUACUGACAAUAGAACGGUCCGCGACGAGGGCCUUCAUGUUUUUGGGAAUUUGAUCAGCCAUGAUUAUUGGCAAUCACUUGAUCACCACUUGAAUGGAGAAGGAACGGAGAAUAAGAGGGCGAAUUUAGUGCAGGUGCAGAAAGUACAGGAUAUUCCCUGUCAAAGCUCUACUCUCUGUUGCAUGUGAAUAUUUUCAUCGGGUAUUUUUUAAAUACUUCGGACCUGCACGAAGUCACCCAUUACGCCGAUAAUCGCGUUGAUGCCGACCUCGGUAAGUGGAAGACUCGGGAUGGGCGUGAUCUUUAUCUCCCCGUGCCGACGGACUGUCAAUUGUCCCGACCGGGGUUGGUAGCCUUAAAGAUCUGGCAGCAUCA